GCAUUUGCGGAGCGGAGUUCCUAGGUCGAGCUCAAGUUGCUCGCUGUUCUCGUGGCUAGUCCAGUCAUUACGGUCGCUUUACCGUAUCAUUUUGUUCUCAUCCUGCUUGGACCCUCUUGAGCUGGCGCCAUCUGGCAGUUGGGCCGUUCCAUCUGUUGUGAACGCGGGACUAAACACCGUCAACCGCAUCUAACCCCGUCCUCCCUCAAAUGACACCAUGGGGGUCGAUCCUCUAUCUCCAAUUGCGCCAGUGCGCCUUCGAGCAUUACUGCUUCCAAUUGGCAAAAUCAAGCGCUCGCGCUUCUUGAGCUUUGCUGCGAGGCUUCAAGCUGAGAAUGUGGUCCGACUAGGGGACAUUAGUCCCGACUCUCGACCAAACCGAAACAUGUUUUCCCCGCUUGCCUUCCCCACCGGAAUGAUCCUCUACGACCUGUCCUUUUCCGUUCCCCCCACGUCACAUCUGGAGCUGUUCCCAUUCGAGAUAUACAGAGAACCUCUGGUCACAAUUGCUAUAGCUGAUGGUACUGAGCUGUCUCAAAGCUCCGGAGACAACGCAAAGCACCCCACGCCCCAGGAACUGGAACGAUUACGAGAGGAGCUUGAUGCGGUGAGGGAGAGGAACCCGCGUGCAUUGGUCCAUCAGCUCCUAAUCUUCGAUUAUGAGGGGCUAGAUAAUAUCACCAAUGGUCCCGAGAAUGUGCUGUGGGUUCCUCGGCCCGAAGUCUCCAAGGCAACUACCAUGAAAACUGUUCUGUGUGAUAUUACAUCCGUCUUGCUAUCAGAGCUGGAUGAAUUCGCCAAGACAAUACAAAAUAUCCCGUCGAUAGAGUCGCCUAGAGCUUCAUCAUGGGGUCCACAUCGAAACCCAGAGUUACGGCCACGACCUGUGGACCGACUGCUGAAUCGCAUGACUUUGCCUGCGCAAAUGCCAUCCAACCCUAAUGGUGCACCACCGGAAACGCCCCUUAGCUCGAAUGCCACCUCUCCCACUCCUAGCGACCACGAAACACCUACGACAUUCGACGAGAUCACGCGAUCCAUCCAUUUGUCUCGAACGAACUCCGGUGGCAGAAGCCCCGCAAUAGCCUCACCUAAGGAGCAUAGCCGAGAUCGCAUGUCCGUGAGCGGCAUCAGUGCCACUGAUAGGACCAAAAACCGUAUCAAGGGCCGCUCUGGGGUCGUCAUUGGUACUCUCUUCCUGCAGGCAGGAAGGUGGCCAGAUGCGCUCAAGGAGCUAGUCGAAGCAGCCAAUAAUGCACGGGCUGGUAGCGAUUAUCUCUGGCACGGCAAGGCUCUAGAGAACAUUCUUCUUUGUCUCGUGAUGCUUGCAUGGGCAGGCAUGGAUUUCCAAAUUCCCCCCGUUCUGUAUCCAGUUGCCGACAAGGCCUCUAAGGCGGUACGAGAUGCAAUCCAGGCACCAUCUGCGGCUGGUAACCGUUUGGUCUCUCUUCACAACCUUGCCAACCUAUUACCCGAUCUCUCCAACACUAUACUGAACCUCUACACUCGUGCCGCCAAUAUAACGGACGAACCUCUGCCUCAGCUAGUGUUUUCCGAAACCGUGAUUCGAUUGUCGAGGCUUAUGGUCUCUGCUCGCAUUCGGGAUGGCGGACUUGAUGACAAUGCUUUGAAGCACAUCGUGAUGAAUGAACCUUUAAUUCCAUUACAUCAACCAGAACUCCCACGGGGGACAGUCGUGCUCCGUAAGUCGGAGAUUGCCAAUUUCCUCUACCGGGCUCUCCCACUUGCCCCCGAGGCAGACUUGCCUGCCACGGAUGCCGUCCCCAUCAUCGUGGGCGUUAUCUCUGUUCUGAAUACUCUCGACCUGCCUCGGAAAAAGGCAUUUGUCCUGCGCGAGCUUCUCACUGUGAUGAUACCCAGUCUGGUCCAGGCUCGGAAGAUUGGUGCUGCAGAAGUUGGUAUUCAUCCUGCCGCUGGUCUAGCAUCUCUGAGUGACACGGCAUUCGAAGUAAAUGCUCUUGAUAUUGGUCCUGGCAAUAUGGAAUUAAGUGUUCGACUUCUCCUAGCUACAAUUGGUGAGAUCUACGGAGUUCAGCCUUCGGCAUCCUAUGAGUGGGAGAAGCGACGGAGUCGGAUGUCCGCUUUGGAGAGCGCACAACAGUGUCCCGAGUAUGAUUCGAUUGCCAGUAUUGCAGAACGGUCUUUCCGUCAUAUUGCGCUGGAUCGAUAUGGUGAUCUCAAUCUCAAGAUUGACGUUCUUAAGGCGUGUAUCAACUGCUGCGAGGCGCUUCCUGAUUUUGACGGCGUCCUUCGCUUCACAGUGGAGCUUCUGCAGACUAUCCGAGGAGAGCUUAUGCUGAACGAAGCUCAUAAAGUGCCACCGUACCUGCCACAAGACGAGCAAGUCCGUCUCUUGAACAAUAUCAAACGCACGGUGUGGGCUGGAAACCGGCUGGGGGCGGCUAACAUGGCUGCUGAAUACUGGGAUGAUUUUCUUGUCCGCGACAUUCAGUUGCUGGCGCUGCCUGAUCCGCGACGACCCGUCCGUCGCUCCAAGACAGAACUAGAUGCCGUUACAACGAGUUCCGAAAAGGCAAAGAAGGACCCUUUCCUGUACAACCCCUUCGCUAAGCCAAGUAGCAAGGCUUUGGAAGUUCUUACCGUGACUGAUGAGCCUGCCUCCUUCCGAGUGACCCUUCAAAACCCUUAUGAAUUUGAGGUCGAGAUCGAACACCUGCGGUUAGAGAGUGAGGGUGUGAACUUUGAGGCUGUGGCAGAGAACAUCGUUCUUCCUCCGCUUUGUCUGCAGGAGAUAGUUGUUCUUGGGACUGCUCACGAGGAGGGGAGUCUCAACAUUUCUGGGUGCAUUGUGAAAGUGCGUCAUUGUCGGGAACGACGUUUCCCUAUCUUCGGCACGUUAUGGAGACCCGAGCCUGAGAUCAAGUUCAAGCGAACGGGAUUGUCUGCAAAGAAGCCUCCUAGUGAUCGCCCGAUGUCCUGGAGCUCAACUACAUCCAAAGAUGGCAAGUUGUUUGCGAAGAAGGGACCUCAAACGGAGACGCGCCCGGUAAAGGUCAUUGGCAAACAGCCAUCGCUUCUGAUUGAGUCUAUGUCGCUCUCCCAAUCGGCAAUGAUGCUCCUUGAAGGGGAGAUCAAGUCAUUCUCCAUCACACUUCAAAAUACAUCAGCAUGUCCCGUGGACUUUGUGUUGUUUACUUUCCAAGAUUCGACCACGCGCCAGCUUCAGUCAGCCUUGAGAAACAAGGACUUGCUGCCCGUGGAGAUUUAUGAGCUAGAGUUGAAGCUAGCCACCCAGCCUGCUCUAAACUGGCGUCGUGAGGGCCCACAGUCUGACGAUUGGAAUAUUCCACCCGGCGAGAAGGCCACAUUCACUGUAGACGUGUUGGGUAAGCCCGGGUUGCAAGAUACGACAAUACAGAUUGACUAUUCAUAUCUGAAGAGCAAGCAGGGACAGCUGCCGGAGGUAUUCUACACCCGGCAACUGUUUGUCCCACUGACUGUGACGGUCAACGCAAGUGUGGAGGUUGCUCGCUGUGAUAUCUUGCCCUUUAGUGGAGACUUUGCCUGGAAGAACCAUCUCGAUGCUCCGUCUGACUCGGCGGAGACAUCAGACUCCCCGUUAUCUGCCACUGACAAGGAUCCAUUUUCUCAAAUUCUUUCCCGUCUCGGCAAUGGGGCCUACGGACCAGACCACUGCAUCGUUCUAAUUGACCUUCGCAAUGCUUGGCCAAGCCCCCUGUCCGUGUGGCUGCGCGUGAACGAGCACUCCAUUAUACAAGCUCCCGAGUCCUUCAAGGAUGGCAGCAAGGGCCAGUACUCUAUUGAUGGUAACCUACAACCGGGCCAGGUCUCUCGAUUCGUCCUCGUUCUCCCCCGUGUUUAUGUAGACAACCCGUACGCUAGUAUUCCCGUCGUCAACACGGGAACUCGACGCCAAUUCGUUGUCAGCGCUAACAAGCUCACCUUCGAGGCGGAGGCCGCCUCGCGUGAGGCAUUCUGGUUCCGCGAAGAGCUUCUCAAGCGAGUCCUUGGAGGCUGGUCCGAACCAGCUACUGGCCGUGCGGGAUCUAUCGACCUACGCAAUAUCCGUCUAAACACCCGCAUGGUCGAGUCAAUGCGUCUUGAAGAUGUCGAGACCUCCUUCGCCCUGGCAUCCCCUUCCUCCCAGGAAACCUGCAAACAAACGGGCCGUUCUCGCUUCCACGCGCAAACAGACGACCUCCUCAAUCUCACCGUCACCGUCCGCAACCGCUCCUCACGACCCAUCCACCCCCUCCUCCGUCUUCAGCCCAGCCUCCGCCACCAGCCAAACAACAUCGCGCUAGACCUCACACGCCGUCUCGCCUGGACUGGUAUGCUCCAACAAGCACUUCCAAUCCUGCAACCUGGAGAAUCCACGCAAACCUCCAUCGGUGUGACAGUCCUCUGCCGCGGCGAGUACGAGUUCGGCGCUAGCGUCGAGGAAGCCCGACUCUUGUCGCGACUUGGUGAAGACGGCAAGGAGGAAGAUCCAGAUGCUGCCACUCGGUUUAUCGAGGAUGGGAUCAAGGAUACCUUUGGCGCGGACGUGGUUCGGCGUCGACGAAUCUGGCAUGCCAAGGAGACUUGUGUUAUUCUUGCGCGGGACUAAGCUUUUGCAGUGAUAUGCCUGUCUGUUAUGACGUCUCCCGCCCUUUUUCUUUUUCUUUCCCCGUGACGUUCAUGAUACAAAGAGCUUGUCGUUUCCGACUACCAUGAGCUGCGUCUUGUGAAGCCUAAUGUGGUGAUGGAUCACGUUCUCUUCUUGUAUACUUUUUAGAUGGUCUUAGCGUGUACAUAUACACCCUGAUGAAUGAAUACUGUUCGAUCUGAAAUAUGAUAGUUGGUUGAUAAGCUUGCAAUUCUUUGGGUUGGUCUACGCGCCUACCCAUACUCUGUUCUUCAUGGUUGUAGGUUCAGGUUGGAACCGGGAGGAGGCUCGAAUAAGCCUCGUAUAGACCUAUGAGAGCUAGCCUGUGCGGACUGGAUCGGGGCUCCGGAAACAGUUGUGGAGACUCCAGCCGUCGGGAUGUCAGAUUGCAAUGUUGCAAUUGCUCAGCAGUGUUCUGCCAGUGCUGACGAGGAUGUCGGGUUCUCUUUUGCAAAUAGAUAAAUCGUCAAGACAAUCCCGGUCCUUCACCCCGUUCCACCUUCAGCCCCCUCAGCAGACACGGACUUGUCUCGAGUCCCAGCUGCGGGCUGCGUCUCCCCCAAUGGGAAACUCAGAUGUUUCCAAUCCUCAAUCUCCUCAAUGAUACACUUCAGCCGGUCCCGGAUACUCUCCACCGCAUAAGUACCCAAAAUCAACCUAAGCGGCGGGUACGAGCAAUGCCCCAGCUCCCAAACAAGAUGCGCAGCCUUGACAGCCGAAGCGGGCUGUUUAUCUCCCAACCACAUCAACAUACGCCGGGCAUGCGCCGCAGGAGAUGUCGGGGUAUUAUACGGCUCGCUGGGCGGCUUCACCAAGAAAUGGCCAUAAAGCGGCAACGGCGACGACAAAUUGUGCGCCGAGGGAUUCGCAGCCAUGACGGACGGGGAAACUAAAUCCCCGAUAUCAUCACGACGCAUGUGUCCCGGUUCCACCAGCGUCCCCUUGAUAUUGAAGCUAUCCACCUCGUACAGCAUACUCUCCAUCAAUCCCUCAACCGCAUACUUGGACGCACAAUACGGGCCGAGUCCCGGUACACCCAACGCACCGGACGUGGAGCUGAAAAUCAAAUACCGCCCAGCACGUCUCUCCCGGAAAUGCGGCAGAGAUAACUGAAUCAUGUUCAGCGUGCCGGUAAAGUUUGUCUCGAAUUGGUUGCGGAUGUCGAAUUCGUCCUGGUCUUCGCAUGCGCCGAUGACCCCGUACCCGGAGCAGUUUGCGAUGACGUCGAUGCGGCCGAAGCGGGCUAUUGUUUGGUCGAUGACUCGCUUGACGGUUUCGCGAGCUCGAACGUCGCAUAGGAGGCCGAGGCAGUUUACGUGUUCGUCUUCUAGCUCUUUCAUGCUCUCGGGGCUAUUUUCGUACGUGCGGCCGACGGCGGCGACGAGGUCGUUGCGGGCUAGGGCGUUUUUGACGAGGGAGCGUCCCAUGUGGCCUGUUGCUCCGAAU